CUCCCCCUCCCCGCGUCGCCAGGGAGAACCGCGCUCCUCCCUCCGCCGAGCGCGGGAAGCCGCGCCGCCAUGGAGGACGUCCUGGAGCUGCCGCGGCGGCGCAUCGCCACCGCCCACCUGGCGCAGAACAUCGGGCAGCCCGUCUGCUUCGUGGGCCGCCUCGAGAAGAUCCAUCCCAGUGGCAAGCUUUUCGUGCUUUCGGAUGGAGAAGGAAAACAUACGACUGUGGAGCUGAGCGAGCCUUUAGAUGAAGAGAUCUCAGGAGUUCUUGAAGUAGUGGGAAGAGUAACAAAUCAGGCAACCAUCAUGUGCGUGUCGUAUGUCCAGUUCAGAGAAGAUAAAAGUCAAUUUGAUCUGGAACUCUACAAUGAAGCACUAAAAAUUAUUCAUGAAUUCCCUGACUAUUUCCCGUUUGGUAGUGGGAGGAGCAAUUGAUUUUUCUUAGCAUAUAUUUAGAGGUCCAGAGGGGACAGCAGUACUGGAGCUUUCUUGCCUGACAGCAUGGUAACAGUUGCAUUUAUUUCCAACAAAUAUACUGAAAAUAUGCUGUUCUGUGUGCCAUGUAUGGCCAGUGAAGAGUGCUUUGAAAAUUAAUUUAUGCAGCAAGAACAAUUCUGUGGGUAUCUCACUGUCUGUAUAUAUUUAACCCUUUUGCAGGAUUGGACUUGCUAGAGACUGAAGUUUUGUAGGCAUCUCUUUGUUAUUGGUGGUAGAGGUUCUAGAAUACUUAACAUCAGACAUGUAUGCAAACCAUUUGGUGGGGUUUUAAUGUAAAGAUUUUGUAUUAUUUCAUUUGCUUUGAUAUAAAUUUAUUGAACAUGGGGGAGUGUAUUUUGCAUCUUGAAAAUCCUCUCCUCUGAUAAAAAAGAUCUGACUUCAUGUAACUGUGUCAGUAUUACAUGUUAAGAGUGGUGUUUUCAGUGAUCCAUGGUGAGUCUGGGAGUCUUAAUUAAAGUACCGGGAUUGA